GCUUCCGGUGCCUGCCGCUUCUCUUUCUUCCUGUCUGGCUGGAAACAUGGCGUCGCGCAAGGAAGGCACCGGCUCCACCGCCACCUCCUCCAGCUCUGCUGGUGGCGCGGUGGGGAAGGGCAAAGGCAAAGGCGGCUCUGGAGAUUCGGCCGUGAAGCAGGUGCAGAUCGACGGCCUGGUUGUAUUAAAGAUAAUCAAACAUUAUCAAGAAGAAGGACAAGGAACUGAGGUUGUUCAGGGAGUGCUCCUGGGUCUGGUUGUAGAAGAUCGCCUAGAGAUUACCAACUGUUUCCCAUUUCCCCAGCACACAGAGGAUGAUGCUGACUUUGAUGAAGUGCAGUAUCAGAUGGAGAUGAUGCGCAGCCUUCGCCACGUAAACAUUGAUCACCUUCAUGUGGGCUGGUAUCAGUCCACAUAUUAUGGCUCCUUCGUUACCCGGGCACUUCUGGAUUCUCAGUUCAGUUACCAGCACGCCAUUGAAGAAUCUGUCGUUCUCAUUUACGAUCCCAUAAAAACUGCCCAAGGAUCUCUCUCACUGAAGGCAUACAGACUGACCCCUAAACUGAUGGAAGUUUGUAAAGAGAAGGACUUUUCUCCUGAAGCAUUGAAAAAGGCAAGCAUCACCUUUGAGCACAUGUUUGAAGAAGUGCCGAUUGUAAUUAAAAAUUCACAUCUGAUCAAUGUCCUAAUGUGGGAGCUCGAGAAGAAGUCAGCUGUGGCGGAUAAGCAUGAGUUGCUCAGUCUUGCUAGCAGCAAUCAUUUGGGGAAGAAUCUCCAGUUGCUGAUGGACCGGGUGGAUGAAAUGAGCCAGGACAUAAUCAAAUACAACACGUACAUGAGGAACACCAGUAAACAGCAGCAGCAGAAACAUCAGUAUCAGCAGCGUCGCCAACAGGAGAAUAUGCAGCGACAGAGUCGAGGCGAGCCCCCACUCCCUGAGGAGGACCUCUCCAAACUCUUCAAGCCUCACCAGGCCCCUGCCAGGAUGGAUUCCCUGCUCAUUGCAGGCCAGAUUAACACUUACUGCCAGAACAUCAAGGAGUUCACUGCCCAAAACUUAGGCAAACUCUUCAUGGCCCAGGCUCUUCAAGAAUACAAUAAUUAGGAAAAGGAAGCUUCCAGAGAACGCUGAGUAGACAGACUGUUGAGACGCCACUAGAGUGACCCUUGGAAAAAUGUAUUUCUGUACUACAAAGUGGAGAGGUGUACUGCGUUGUUACUGCUGUAAUGGUUUUCUAGCCAAUAAUAAAACUUUAAUUGGUUGUUCAGGUA